ACAGAGCAGUUCCGCUGGCUGAGGCAGGAGAUGGGUGAGUCGCUGCUGGGGACCACCAUGGUAUCACUGAACAAUAAUCUACGGACUUGAAUAACGCCGGUAAAGACAGUCAGCUGUUUCCUCCUGCAGAGUCACGGUGUUUGCAAGAGGACGUUUUUACCGACUCGCGUUUUUAGCUUUAAAGCUAGCAGGCUAAUGUGAGCUAGCGGUACCGGGGCCCUGCGAAGAGUUCAUUGUUUUUGUCAGCCACGCCAGAUAAACAUAACUUGGGCAGAUGUAAUAGCGGUUCGUUGUUUUAAUAUACAACACUUGCAGGAUUAUUCCAGUUGGUCAUAAUUUUAGACUGUUUUAAUAGCUCAUCAGACGUUAGCAUAGCCUGUAAACGCUAGCAAACUGCAUUAAAGCUAACUUUAAAAUCAUGACUGCCCGGAGGACAGGCUAUGCUGCUGCUGGCAUGGUCUCCACUCCCUCUAAUAGCGGAAAUGGAAAUCGUAAACAGAGCUUAAUAGACAGGACCGGGGUCGACUCCUGUUAUGACCGGAAAGGAGCCCCGCAGGGCGGCAUGACCGUCACGUCGCUGAAGACCCGGCUCGCCCCGACCAUCCAGACCGCCAUGUCCGCUGCAGUGGACACUCUGCUGGGGGAAGUGGUGCUGGUGCUCAACGAGACCCAGCAAGAGCUGCUGCACAAGGAACAGGAGAAUGAGAGACUCAAGGUGCGUCUGGAGGUGUCUGAGAGGGAGCUGAAGACUUUACAGGAGUGUCUGUGCAGCGCUCAGAAGCUCAUAGACCAGCUGCAGAUCUCCUACACCGGCUCUCCGUCCAUCGGGCAGUCCGUGUUCGCCCCGUCUCUCUCCUCCAUGGCUUCAAUGGCCUCAGGCUUGGACCGGGACCACCAGGGCGGCCGGAAUGUGAACGGAGCCGGGGUGGACUUGGGUCUCGGUGGGUCAGUGGAUGACUCCCUUCACGGGUUUGAGACAAGAGAUGACUACAAAAUGUGCCAGCUCUCUAUCCAGCCCGACGGCUCUGUGACCAACCACGCGCUGGACACCUUUACCUCCAACACAUCGCAUAUGUGCUCCGAUAGACCAGAUGAGAGGCAGACUCAGGGACAAGGUGGAGCUUCCAGUUUUGAGAUUAAAGAGGAGCAGUUGCCCGGUUCAGGCUCCGGUCCGCCCGGCAGGAAGGACAACAGGGUCGGGGAGAGCGAUCUUGGCUACGUUCAAGUUGGGGACGAGGGUUCCCAGCGUUCCUUUACUCAUCCACUGCGUCACCAAAGACCUGUGCGAGAAUGUGGCAGUGACUUGCAGCAGGGAGGACUUGAUGGACAGAAACAGUUGGCUCGGACUCCUGGAGCCGGGAGAGUAGACGGCGUCUCACCGGGCAGAGCAGACGACUCUGCUGGACCUUCAGCCUCUGACACCCCAGUGGAGCCCUCUUUAGACCGGCCUCACCACUGUCUGGAGUGUGGGAAGACUUUCCGUCUGAUCUCCAGCCUGAAGAAACACAUCCGCAUCCACACUGGAGAGAAGCCUUACCCGUGUGCAGUGUGCGGCCGCCGCUUCCGCGAGUCAGGGGCGCUUAAAACCCACCUGCGUAUUCACACGGGUGAGAAACCAUACUCUUGCUCAGAGUGUGGGAACUGCUUCCGCCACUUGGACGGUUUGCGCAAACACAGGCGCACGCACACCGGGGAAAAACCGUACGUUUGUGCCAUCUGUGGGAAGCGCCUGAGUCGCCUGCAGCACCUGAAACACCACCAGCUGAUCCACACCGGGGAGCGGCCCUGCUGCUGCCCCUUCUGCAACCGCAGCUUCAAGGAGCCCGCGGCGCUGCGCAAACACAUCCGCACGCACCGGGAGGAGGGCGGUCACAUGGGGAUUGUUCCCGUGGACGACACGGAGCAAGAAACUCUGGACGACAUUAACAACCUCCACCCGGCAGCGCCGUCCCCUCAGAUGAGGUUCGGGGACUGGGGAGCUGACGAGGACGACAGCUCGGUGGUGGAUUGUGUGUAGGAGCUUAUACAUAUAGGAAUAACUGUCUGCUGGCAUUUUACCUAUGAAACCUUCUCCGGGUGAAAAACAUGGAACAAGGUGUUUGUGUGGUUUGUAAACACGAUGGAUAAGGUAUCUCUGUUACAUGCUGUCGAAGUGUGAGGCUACAUAUAACCCAAGCCUUGGAGCCUCGUUUAUAUCUGGUGUUUCCAUACUCUUAGAUGUAAUUAUAUAACGUUUUAAAAUAUCCCACGGUACAUUCUUCAACAACAACUAUAUUUGUUGGGACAUUCAUCAAGCAGCAGCGCAGGGAGAUGCAGGUUUGCUAACUUCUCCUGCAAUCAUUUAGGAAAUUGAUAGCAGAAGUGUAGAGCUGUUUUCUCAUUUAAAAUAAAAGUGCCUUGAACACUCAGUCAACCAUCAACUGCUGUUCAAGAGUUAAGUCAGGACAAGAGUUAAGUUACCACUCUGGUCAUGAGUUUUUUAUAGUUUCGCACAUUAGAGAUUGGGUAGCUGUUGAAUUGUCCCGCAGUUAGUGAUUAGGCACACUGGUUGAAAUGGAUCCAUGCGACUGGUUCAUGUUUCAUGUGUGGACAAACAUGCAGGAGUUCAGACCGUUUGCAUUAUGUUGCUUGUCAACGUUGACUAAACCAAACUUUACAGUAUUUUUGGUCAACCUUUUUAAGUCUUUAUCAUAUUUAAAUAAGGUUGCUUGUGCUUUUAAACAAUGUAAGAGGUGUAUGAACAAAACAAUGUGAAUUUGUUUCACUUAAUUGCGUCUUUAAAGAGCAGGAAAACAACUUUUUAAAUGGUGGCAAUUUGAACCCUUAGAGAAUAUCUGUCUCCUUUCAGGAUAGCGAUGUUUUACUACCUCUGUUUUUAUCUUUGUUGCACUGCUUAUCCUGCGUGUAGAUAUUUCAGCACUGUCUUUUCAAAAGUGCAUAAUGGCCGUUAAAAAAUACAACAAAUAUUGAACUAUAGUUCUCUGGUAUUUUCACCAAGUUGAGAUUAAAAUAGCUAUAAUUGUUGUAAAAGAUACGUUUGCUGCUAUAUGCAUACACAAUAAUAUUGAAUGACUACAAAAAUAGCAUUAAUAAUGGAUUCAUUCAAUUCAAAAGGGUUGCGUGUCCUCUCUCACGCUACCCAAAUCCGUUAGCUUUAAAGCUAUUUAAAUAUAACUACCUUUGCUCUCUUGUGUUUGUGUCUUAGGCGCCGUUUACACGAGGAGAAAACUGCUUGUAUCUGCAUAGUUUCGCGUGCGUAUAGCCCUAUUAUUUACACGAGGCCGAUAGAAACUGA